GCAACCACCAGAUGACAACAAAAAUAGCUGAGGCGUCUUCCGAUGAACGCUAUAAAAGUGACUGUUGGUUAUGGGCAACAGUCAUAACGUAGAAGCCAAGACCAUGCUCAGAACUAUUUCAAUUUUGGCCCUGCUUGCAUGCACUGCGGCCACAAUGGCAGAGGCAAAACCUAUUCUUAUCAAAGUUUUCGCACCCAGCGUUGGCUACUCCAGCGGAAGUUACCAGAGCACCGUGGGGCCCUCGCCUUUCAACACACAACUAAUAUCUAGCCUCAUCUCUACUAAAAUUCAGUUGCUGAACAGCGUGGUGCAGGCCAAGUCUUCCGCUGGGGGCUUUCGUAUUGGCUUGAAUAAGUCAGUCACUUUCUUCAGUUCCACAACCACGACCGAAAAGCCGGUGACACAUCAUUCCACGGAGGUAAACACAGACUUUACUGCGGAUGAUACUAGCACUACUCAACUCGUCUAUACGAAAACGACAGAAGGUGCUGAAGUAACGCCGAGCCCAACAGUACGUCCCGAUCAUCCAGUCCAUACAAGCACGAAUUCAGUGAUCACAAUUGACAGCACUACACUUUUACCUGAAGUCACCACCCCGACGACCCCGACGACCGCAACGUCUGGCUAUUACUAUACGACCAGCCAUUCUCCCACCCAAUACUUCGGCGGUUCUAUUUCACAAGCUUAAGGAAACUUAUACUACCCAGCAGUUCAAUUUAAAUAUAUUAGUCUAAGUAGUAAUCCGAAUCCAGUGAAAUGCAAUAAGUUAGCCGAUUUCAACUAUUUCCUAACAUAGAACUAGUUUAAGUUUCGCGGAAGCUAUUAAAAACCAGCCGUGCUUUGUCUAUUAUGACAAUGGCCACCUUUAUGCGAUUCUCACCAGAUUAGUGAUUAUUAGCAUAGAAACCGGCUUUAAACAGAAUUGUGUAUGCUAAAAAGCAAAUAUAAACUAUACCAACCAGUGCUAUUAAAAAAGACUGUCAGUCUGUAGCUUGACCAUAA